AUUUGUACACAUGUUUUAAAAAUUUAUCAAUGAUUUUGUACAUAGUUGUAAUAGCACUUAUGAUUAUUCUAUUCUUGUUAAUUAAAUUUUUUGAUGAUAUACAUAGAAAGCACCCUAAAACGAUUGGAUUUUUCCACCCUUAUGCAAAUGAUGGUGGUGGUGGAGAAAGAGUAUUAUGGUAUGCCAUAAAUUCACUACAAAAAAAAUAUCCGGAUUAUAAAUGCAUUGUAUACACUGGAGAUCGGGAAUCAUCUUUUUAUAUUUUGGAUAAAGUUCAAAAAAAUUUUGGUAUCAACAUUGAUGCAAAAAAUAUUCAUUUUGUGUUUUUAAAACUCAGGCCUUUGAUUGAAUCAAAAUAUUACCCAUUUUUUACUCUUCUAGGUCAAAGUUUAGGAUCAUUAAUAUUAGGAAUUGAAGCACGACUUAAAUAUUGUCCAACUAUAUUAAUUGAUACUGCAGGGUUUUCAUAUGCUUUACCAACUUUUAAGUAUAUGGGCUCUGAUUAUAUUGGAUGUUAUGUUCAUUAUCCUACAAUAAGUAAUGAUAUGAUUAAAAAAGUGCAACAUAAGGAAAUUCAAUACAACAAUUCUGCCUUUAUUUCCAAAUAUCAUAUUGUAAGUGUAACAAAAUUAUAUUAUUACAAAUUAUUUGCUAAAUUAUAUGGAAUUAUGGGUAGAAAUGCAGAUUUUAUUUUUGUAAAUUCAUCUUGGACAAAUGACCAUAUUCUAAAUCUUUGGAACAAACAAAAUAAAACAUAUAUACUAUAUCCACCAUGUGAUACUAAAACAUUUAGCCAAUUAAAUAAUACCAGUGAAAAUUGGGUUUUAAAUGACACAGAAAUAAAUAUUGUUUCAAUAGGUCAAUUCAGACCUGAAAAGGAUCAUGUUAAGCAAUUAAAAUCAUUUAAACUCUUGCUCAAAAGGAUAGAAUCGGCAAAAAUACAUCAAAAAUAUACAAUAAGAUUAUCUCUCGUAGGCAGUGCUAGGCAUAAAGAGGACAUUAGUAGAAUUGAAAAGCUUAAAGAAUUGUGCUCAUCAUUGAACAUAACUCAAAAUGUUGAUUUUAAAAUAAAUCUAAAUUUUGAUGAUCUCAAGCUUAAUCUCUCAAAGGCCCUUAUUGGAAUUCACACAAUGUGGAAUGAACAUUUUGGAAUAGGCAUUGUUGAAUGUAUGGCCGCUGGAUUGAUCAUGAUUGCCAACAAUUCCGGGGGUCCUAAGUUGGAUAUUAUGAAGCCAUUUAAAGGUAACCCCGUAGGGUUUUUGGCUGACACCGAAGAAACUUACGCCGAUACCAUGUUCGAUAUCAUAAAUAUGUCAGCGGAAGAACGGAAUUACAUCAGGCACAAUGCUAGAGAAGCGGUUGGUGCAAAAUUUUCUAAUGAAAUUUUCGAAAAACAUUUUCUACAAAUAAUUUCGCCCUAUAUAGAAACAAGAAUUAAUAAAGCUUUGUAAAUCAAAUGUAUACAAAUUCCUUGCUUUUUUCUAUCUUAUGUAUUAUUAUAUAAUAGGGAUGAAUAAUAAUAAAUAUCUAUU